UAUAUUGUUUCACAAGUGUACAAGCCUGGCUUGAUCUUCUUGUCAUUGCUCGCCUUAGAUAUUUCCAGCCACUGUAUGCAAAUGUACAGCACUUUCUUGGCGGGCAAGGCUAGUCAUAAAGAUGUAAAAGACAGCAACAAUUGGCUUUUCUGGGCAUAUUAUGGAAAUAGGAUGUUUAUGGCAUACUGUUGCGUCUCAUGUGAGGUUAUUUACUUAACUCUGUUUUAUCUUUCGGAGACUCAAACAAGGAAUUUGGUGGAUGUUGUAUGGAGUAAUCUCCAAAAGAUAUCAUUUAUUUCUUUCCUAAUUGGUACUACUUUAUUUGGAUGGGAAACCAAACAAGUUAUAAAUGUUAUUCAGGUUGGUUCAUGA